GAGCCGGGCUCUCCGGAAGGAGACGUGGCGGCGGUUGGGUCCCCGGCUCCCGGACGCUUUUGGAGUCCGGCCGCCGCCUCCUCCUCCUCCCCCCUCCUCUCCUCUGUGGGCAGAGGAGGCUGUGGCGGCGGCUGGAGAGCUCGGCGGCGGAGGAUGGAAGGAGGAGGCGGCGGCGUGCAGAAUCUGAGCCCCGGUGGGCCGGUGUUACUGGUCCUUUGCGGCCUCCUGGGGGCGUCGGGCGGCGGCCGGGCGCUCCCGCAGCUCAGCGAUGACGUCCCUUUCCGCGUCAACUGGCCCGGCACCGAGUUCUCUCUGCCAACAACUGGAGUUUUGUAUAAAGAAGAUAACUAUGUCAUCAUGACAACGUCCCAUAAAGAAAAAUAUAAAUGCAUUCUUCCCCUUGUGACAAGUGGGGAUGAGGAAGAAGAAAAGGAUUAUAAAGGCCCUAAUCCAAGAGAACUAUUGGAGCCACUAUUUAAGCAAAGCAGUUGUUCCUAUAGAAUUGAAUCUUACUGGACUUAUGAAGUAUGCCAUGGAAAACAUAUUCGGCAGUACCAUGAAGAGAAGGAAAGUGGUCAGAAAGUUAAUAUUCACGAGUACUACCUUGGGAAUAUGUUGGCUAAGAACCUCCUAUCUGAAAAAGAACAAGAAGCAGAAGAAAGGGAAAAGUCAAAGGAGAUUCCCACUAAAAAUAUCGAAGGUCAGAUGACACCCUACUAUCCUGUGGGAAUGGGAAAUGGUACACCUUGUAGUUUGAAACAGAACCGGCCCAGAUCAAGUACUGUGAUGUACAUAUGUCAUCCUGAAUCUAAGCAUGAAAUUCUUUCAGUAGCCGAAGUUACAACUUGUGAAUAUGAAGUUGUCAUUUUGACACCACUCUUAUGCAGUCAUCCUAAAUAUAGAUUCAGAGCCUCUCCUGUGAAUGACAUAUUUUGCCAAUCACUGCCAGGGUCACCAUUUAAACCUCUCACCCUGAGACAACUAGAACAGCAGGAAGAAAUACUAAGGGUACCUUUUAGGAGAAACAAAGAGGAAGAUUUACAGUCACCUAAAGAAGAGAGAUUCCCAGCAAUCCACAAGCCCAUUGCUGUUGGUUCUCAGCCAGUGCUCACUGUUGGAACAACACACAUCUCCAAACUGACAGACGACCAACUCAUAAAAGAGUUUCUCAGUGGCUCUUAUUGCUUUCAUGGGGGUGUUGGCUGGUGGAAAUACGAAUUCUGCUAUGGCAAACAUGUACAUCAAUACCAUGAGGACAAGGAUAGUGGGAAAACCUCUGUGGUUGUGGGAACAUGGAACCAAGAGGAGCAUAUAGAAUGGGCAAAGAAGAACACUGCUAGAGCCUAUUACCUUCAGGACGACGGUACCCAGACAGUCAGGAUGGUGUCACACUUUUAUGGGAAUGGAGAUAUUUGUGAUAUAACUGACAAGCCAAGACAGGUGACUGUGAAACUAAAGUGUAAAGAAUCAGACUCUCCGCAUGCUGUAACUGUAUAUAUGCUAGAGCCUCACUCCUGUCAGUAUAUCCUUGGGGUUGAGUCUCCAGUGAUCUGCAAAAUCUUAGAUACAGCAGAUGAAAAUGGACUUCUUUCUCUCCCCAACUAAAGGAGAAUAAAGUUCAGGGAAAGAAAAGACCCUUGAAAGUCACAAUAAUUUCUGUCCGUGUGUCAUUAUAGACUCCUCAUCCAUUGGACCUCAUCUAAAGGACUUGUAACCACUUUGUGAAUAUACCUGUGUAUAUAAGAGGUUAUUGAUAAACUUCUAAGGCAGACAUUUGUCUCCUUUCAUGUUUGUUGUGGUUUGUAAGCCAACUGUGUGUUUUUCCUUGCCUGGGUAAUGUGAUUUCAGAACAAAUCACACUCAAGCACUUUAGAGUCCAAUCUAAUAAAUGUCAUAAUGGUUAUACCUA